AUGGCAGUGGUGAAAACCCCCAGCAGAGAACUGGGCAAUGCCGAAGAACCAUUUACUAAUGUAUCCCCCCUCCUUUUGAAGAGGCUAGUGGAGGAGCCCAAGAAAAGAAGAGAAGUACCUAAUCACCUUUUAGAAUCAAAGGUUUAUGCGAAAGUUGUGAAUAAUAAGGUCAUACAGGCAAAACCUGGCAUAUUGCAUUUUGGAGGCUACGAAGUAGAAAAACACCACCAACAGAUUCUGCUUUUGGUCAAUAUUUCCAAUGAAGACGUACAUGUGCAUAUUUUACCCCCGCAAACCAAAUACUUUCAGAUCAAGUAUGUGAAAACGGAACACCGCCUCGUCCCCGGCUUGUCCCUCACAGUCACCGUUACGUUUUCUCCAGAUGAGUGGCGAUACUAUUAUGAUUGUAUUCGGGUUCACUGUAAGCAGGAGCACCUGCACCAAGAAGAUGAGUCUCAAGGACAGGCAUGGUACAGAGGGCCAGGGCCCAUCUCCUGCUACUCAGGGGGAGAUGACACUUUGCUUAUUCCCAUCCAUGCCUAUCCUGUCAUGAACACAUUGGACUUUCCCUCAUUUAUAAAUCUAUCCAAUGUUUUCCUUGGUGAAAGCAAAAAAUAUGUUAUCCCUUUGCAGUGCAGCUGCCCUGUAGAUUUCGAGUUUCAUAUCACUUUGAUUCAGUCUCAUGAAGCCUUUACUAUUGAUCCAAUAUCAGGAAUAAUCCCGGCUAAUGGGAAGGUGAACGUGACCGUCAAAUUUACACCAUUCAAGUACGGGAUUGCACAGAUAAAAAUGCAGCUGUGGAUCUCACAGUUCAACUCUCGGCCGUAUGAAUGUGUCUUCACUGGAACGUGCCGUCCCAACAUGACUUUACCAUUAGAAGAAUUUGAAAGAUUAAAUGCUCUUUCUAAGGAAGUGGACCGUCCUCCAGAAAAGGCAAUGACACGCAUACAUUUUCAGCAGCUGCCACCAAAACUAAAGCCUCUGAAGAUUAAGGAAAUUGAAUAUCAGAACUUGAGAUUUCCGGUAGAUUUAUCAAAUCCAUAUGCCGUGGCAACUGUUUUAAACCAAGAACCAGGAAAACUGAAGAUUAAAGAAUUAAGAGAAGUUUUGGACCAAGGCAAUGAGAUUUCAAAAACAAGACAGAUGAAGGAAGCACUCUUUGAACAGAAAGUCAGACAGGACACUUACGAAGAGAUCGAAAAUCACCUUAAGUGGCAGGUGCACCUCGGUAGAGAUCAUAUGUCUUUUAAAUUUAGAAAAGACCUUGCUGAAGAGCGGCAAAGAGAAAACAUCAAAUAUAAGGUAGAUCGAGGAGAUCCUGUUUUGGAUGAGGAAUUUCAGCGCACCAAGACAGAAGUCCACCAGAAACGGGUUGUUCAUAGUCUAGAAGAAAAAAUCAAGGAGUUCCAUCCUAAUUUUGAUCCACUCGUUAAUAAUACCUGGGUCAACAGGUUCAGGGCACAAAAGCGCUUUCAGCAAGCUGCACGCAAGGUCAUGAUUCAUAGAAGAUUAAUCAGUAUGCUGAGUGCUAUUCAUAACAUGGACAAAGAGAACAUACGCAGAAAACUGAGCCAAGGAAGACAGUCAGUAAUAACAGACAAGAAUGCCUCCAGAUUCCUCCUGGAUAAGAUCAGUCAAGAUAAUUAUUCCAGCCGUUUCUCUGUAUCCCCCAAGGAAGUGCUGCCCUUCGCCUUUCCGUCCUACAGUCCUCCUCAGAGCUCCAGCGAGUUGGCUCCUGAUGGCCUUGGACCAGUUCCAAUUAAAUCUCAAGAAACUCAAAUCAAGCAGAGUUUUUCCUUCUUCAGUCUGCAGGUUCCUCAGCUGUACAAAAUUAAAGGCUAUCAGCCUUUCUGUGUCCAGAAGUCAUCAACAAGCUACAAACCUCAAAAGCUUGCCCGAGCUCUGAAGCAAGGGGCCGAGGAUGAAGCCACAAUCAUUACCCUACCCAAGCAGGAUGCCGCACCUCAGCUCCCCGGCAAAACCUCAGUCUUGGGCAUGAAACCACCGGAGGCCUUAGCCGUGUCUCCAAAUUAUGACCCACUUUAUAUUUUUAAUCCCAACCCAGGACUAUUUGCUGUGAAGCACCCUCUGACCUAUGCAGAAACCUUGAUAGAUUACCAUCUGUGCCCUCACCCCAAGUACAAGUUCGUCAGGGAGUCCCACAGGGGCUCCAGCAUUCCUCUCACCCAAAAGCAAUUUCUCCAUCACACGGACAUUAUUCCUGGGAUAAUGCAUUGGAAGAAGUUCCAGCCCCUGGCCCUCUCCUCCCUGCCUGAAACCUCAAAGACAGAGACAGCCCAGAGCUGUGAUUCCUUCAACCUAGUCAUGCUUCCGAAAAAUGUCCCUGCCAUUCUCGAUGCCCUACCAGAAGAAGAUAGACUGGAAACCGCUGAACGUGAGCUCUGCGAACAGAACAUAGAAGUUCUGUUGACUCCGGAAAUGAUUGAAGCAGAAUUCCCUAUGUUGGACCACAAGGACCCCAAAAAGGAGAAGUGUACAACGGUGCCAGCACUCAUGGCCGGUCCCCUGUGGCGGGCUGCAGCAUUUGUGCAGAGACACAGGACAGGCCUGUUGGUGGGUUCCUGUGCAGGGCUGUUCGGGGCCCAGAUCUCAUACCACCUCUUCCCAGAUCCCGUGAUCCAAUGGCUGUACCGGUACUGGCCUCAGGGCCAACCAGCCCCACUCUCCCCAGAGCUGGGGGGGCUCUUCCAAGAGGUGCUCCAGGACAUCGGGGUCCCCUCAGGCCACAGCUACGAGGCUUUCACCACGUUCACCUUCCAGCCCGUGAGUGCUGGCUUCCCGCGACUUCCUGCGGGGGCUGUAGUGGGCAUCCCAGCCACCUUCCUGGGGAGAACAUUGACCAACACCGAUCACCCAGUGGUGGUGCACGGGCAAAGAGUGAACUGGCAAAGCCCAGCAGGCGCCCGGCUGAGAGAUGCCUUGACCCUGUCCCAUGAGGCCCAGAAGUUUGCCUUGGCCAAGGAAGUGGUAUACCUGGAGAGCGGUGCAGCCGCCCUCCAGGCCCUGCCGGCCCCAGCUUGCCUAGCAGGAACCUGGGCCCUGGGCGUGGGUGCCAAGCAUGCACUGGGGCUCUACGGAGGCCCCAUGAAUUUACGGGCAGCCUUCAACCUGGUGGCAGCAGUGGUGGGCUUCGUAGCCUAUGCCUUCUCCACGGACUCUCUCACUCAUGCCCUAGAAGGCUGGCUGGACCGUCGCACAGCCGCACUGUCUGCAGCCUAUGCCCAAGGGGGCGUGGAGUUCUAUGAGAAGAUUUUGUCGGGCAACGUAGCCCUGCGUAGUGUCUUGGGCAGUCACGGAGAGAAGCUGUAUACGCCCAGCGGGAACAUCGUUCCCAGACACUGGUUCCGCAUCAAACAUUUACCCUACACGACCCGCCGGGACUCCGUGCUGCAGAUGUGGAGGGCAGCACUCACCGCGGGCCGUUCCUGAGGGUCUCAUCACAAGGAUGGAUGGGGCUCAUGCAGACACCACCCUGCUGUUGACUCUGGGGGCUCUUGGUGCCUCCGGCCCCAGAACCCAGUGUCAAAUGAAUCAGAGACUCUGAAACGAAACAGCCUAGAUUCUACCCCUGUCCAUGAUUCCAGUGACCUUGGGCGAGUCCCUUUUGAAUCUGAGCCUCAGUUUACUCCGCUGUAAAAUGGGGGUAUUUGUAAAUCACCUGGCAGGAUUUGGGGGUUGUGUGAGCUAUGAACAAAAGGGCCUGGCCAAGAGGACACGCCAUCAAUGAUGGGAUGUCCCUCCUUGGUCUUAGAAUUCCAGCAGGCUGUGGGAGUCAGACCACAUCUCCCCACCAGCAGUGCUUAUAGGACGGGAACACUUUCCUAUAGUGAAGAACCACCAUGUAGUUCACCUUGUGGUCUCAUCUCACUUCCUUCCACCAUUUGAGAAAGUAAAGCUUUUAGAGGCCUGGGUGAGAAGCUAGCAUGGCCCUGAGAGGCUAGGAGAGGGAGCUUGAGGUGGGAUUUCAGAGCAGGUUUACCCAGGCCUGAUGGCAUGCUCAGACAGAGCCCCUUUGCCUGAAAGGGAGAGAAAGCGUUGCUGGAACCUGGCAAGACCUGUGGCAUGGGAGCCUUGGCAGGAACUCUGGCCAGAGGAAGAAGAAGGAACGAGCCAUUGCAAAACCAAGGCCUUGCCGGGAGGGCACCUGUUGAUGUAGUCCAGAGCGUGGUCAGUACCUGGAGAGGAGAGGAACUGGGGGGUUCCGAGGGGGAUGGCAGGGAGGAAGCAGGGUGGAGGUGGGUGAGAUAGACUGGGCCUAGUGUCACAUCCGUGGCCCAGGGGAAUGCUGCACCCUUACUCUGUUCGUUUCCUUCAAGGCUUCCUGGUGGCAGGUAGAUCAGACCCCACUUUUAAUCCCUGGACAGGAGACCCCUUCCCAGGGAAGGUGAGAGCAGCUGUGGCCAGAAAGCCAGACUCACUUGGCCAUUCAUGUAUUUUUAUUGCCAAUUGUGUUUUCCCCGGAAGAAUGGAAGCAUUCAGGCCUGGCGCCGGUGUAAUUCAGGGUGAAGAGACGGGGCCACUCCUAGGGAAGGGCGCAGGGCAGUACCAGGAAGCCCACUUGGUCCUGGCAUGCACUUCCUGCCGGAGACCGAGCAGGCAGUGAGCAGGGUGCGGUAGCAGGUCUUCCUGCUGGGUCAGUCACAGUGGCUGGAGGUCAGUGCUCUGGCUCCAUUCGACCAGCAUGUGGGUCCCAGUGUUCGGCUUAGGCAGACACCCCAUCCCUCAGAUCCCGGGAUGGCAGUGCGCACAUGCUUGAUGAAUGCAGAGGUGGACAGAUGAGUUACUGAGCGGGUGAGCAAGUCUCCACUCUGGGAAAUGCCACUGCAGGAGACCCCUUGGCUUGUCAUCCAAGUGCUGCUGCCACGUGUGACUGAUCUUGGCCAGAGAAGUGUAGCUUGGGGUCUGGAUUUGAGGAGCUCCAACUGCUCCCCAAUCCCCAUGCCAGCGACUUUCAGUACUGCAGGAGCAGGGUGAUGGCUUCAGGCAUUCCCCAGGUGGUUCCUCCAGUCCAUUGUCCCCACCUCUCCCAGUUCUUGGACAUGCAGUUCUGACUGGGUUCCAUCCUGCGGACAACCCUCUGCGGGUGUCCCGUAGCUUUCUGGCUAGAGCUGCCUCUCUGAGCCCUGGCCUAAUGGCCUCUCUAGCCAUCUGGUGUCCUGUCUCCCACCCCCACCCCCCCAGCUAUAUGGAGCCUAACCUCCAUAACCUCCAUGGUUGCUUCACUGCUGGCCCCCUCCUUCCUCAGUGCCUGGGUCUGGGCUGCUCUCUCCCACCCUGCCCUUGUCUCAGGUCCUCAGAGCUCCUCCAGCAGGAGUACUCAACCACCUGACUCCGAACCUUCCCCAUCCAUGCCUGUCCCAUGCCCUGUACCUCUCCGCCCCCCUCAGGGCUUACUAUAAAGAAGUUACCCGGCAGAUAGUACUCAGCCUCCCCUCCACUGAAACAUACUGUCUGCAAGGGCAGGGUGAUGGGUCUUGUUACUGCUCUGGACUGAGGCCUUCCAUAACAUUGUUGAAGACUUGAGCAAGGCUCUGAAGCUACAGCAGCUGGGCCUGGCACCCUAGAGGCUGAGCCGUGACCGUCCAGCUGGCUGUGCAGGUGGCCAAGGCCAUCUGAAUCCUAUGUGACCCUGUCCUGGCUUCCCAACUUGGGACUCUCCAAGGGCAGGGCCUGGCCCGGAUCUGAGGUUGUUGUUCCAGUGGGGGGACACAGGACACUUCUGGUCACUUCCAGUAGAGCACAGAUUCCCACUCGGGCCACCAGCACCCCCCCCCAAGGAGCUUUAGGAAAAAGGGGAACCUCCAAGUUGUAUAAUAUACUGUGCCCCCACACAUGGAUUUGCGGUUUGUUCCCAGAAAGCUUCAAAAACAUGCUCCAUGGCUUCAUAGAUGGGCUAGGUGGCAGGGGGUUAGCUGGUACAGGUUGCAUCUUUCCUCAGAUGCCUCAGUCGUCAGCAUUGCCCUGUGUCCCAGGCGAACGUUGUUCUCCUGAGUACCCCCCCGCCCCCGCCAGCUACAUGUUCACAGUUCUCUGAGUGUGAAUAUGCAAAGAUACCCAACACCCCAGAACAGUCCUCCAUAGGAUUCCAAACUAGGCUAAAUGACAGGGCUGCCGCAACAGAAAUGCUCUCCGUGCUCCUCCCUGUGCCUACAUAUGCACGCACACAUGCAGACACAGCCGGAACACAGGAAAGGGGGUCCCAGAGUCUUAUGCCAUCACUGGCUCUGCCCAUUCCUGACCCCAGCAGGCCCCACUGCCUUGUCCAGGAGCCACAGCGCUGUGCCCCGUGCAGCUGUGCCUAUAGCCGGCGCAUACACGUGGGACCCACAUCUCCAGGCAGGCUUAUACCCCAGGCUGGGCUGGAACAGAUGUUUGGGUCCUUACCCAGCAAGACCUCCCGCCCACUACAGCCCUACAGUAAUGCCCACGGGAUCUCUGUUGUGCACCAGACACUGCAAGCUUCCUAGAAUCUUUUUUCAGUUAGCCCCAGAUUGGAAGAGGUAGUUGGUAAUGUCAUUUCAAUUUUACAGGCAAGGAAAGAGCACAGAAAGGUGAAGAAAUGGGCCCCAAACCAUUAAGCUUUGAAAGUGACAGAACAAGGAUUUGAAGUCAGCACCCUGGUUCCAGAUCUCUGUUGGGAGGCCUUCAUUUACACUGUCCUGUUAAUCCUGAGGGUUUUGUCGUGGAAAUUUGUGCUGUGGCCUCUACAGCCUUUCUUCCAUGCCAGUUAGAGAAGACCUUCCGACCUCACCUCUCGUCAGGAAAAAAUGGCCACUGAGCAGAUCUUUCUGGAACUUCCAGGGGAGACACUUUCAGCUAGCUGAAGAGGAGGGGGCUGCCCAGUCCAUCUGAUUUGGUGCUGAGGUGGGAAUGGGGUGGAAACGCCAUGGGUUACAGAGCCCUUGGGCCCCGGCUGAAGACAAGGUUACCGUGGGGAGCAGGAGAGGACUCGGCGGCAGCCAGCUGUGGGGUCAAAUGCUGGUCCUCCCACUUUAGCAGAGUGACUUUGAACAAGUGAUUCCACAUUUCGGCCUGCGAGCUUUCUAUUAAAUGGGGAUGUUAACAUGUAGCUCCUGGUAUUGUUUUGAUAAAAUGAAAUAAAGUUUGCAAAAUGCAAAGCCCAA